UAGUUGACAGAUUUCGUUUGGGAGUUACAGACAAAAUAAUAAACAUUAACCUCUAAUUUAGGUAGGUAUUGGGUUAAAUUAGAAACCUCACUCAACGAAGAAAAGUUCGCAGUUAUCGAUUUUUCUUAUUAUAAAUAUAAACUAUAGUAGGUGUCGACCUUCAUAAAUACUUUGGACUGGAUCUAGAGGGUAGUUCUUGAUUUGUUCGGUAGCAUGAAUUUUAUUAAAAGUUUGUUAAAAAAGGUAUAUCUUUAUAUUGAAAAUUAGUAUGGAUUUUAUAAAAAGAUUUAAAAAACACAAUUUGAAAAUAUUGAAGACAAUAGGAAAAGGAACUUAUGGAAAUGUUUAUUUAUGUGAAAAACAAAAAGACAAUACGCUUACAAUAGUAAAAGAUAUAGAGUUAAAUAUAAAGUUACAAGAUCACAAGCAGGACAUAGCAAAUGAAGUCAAAAUUCUAUCAAAAAUGAAUCAUCCAAAUAUAAUUAAGUUUUAUUAUUGUUACUACAUCGAUAACAAUGUGAUGAUAUCUAUGGAGUAUGCAACUAGCGGGAAUCUAGCCGAGUAUAUGUAUCAAUGGUGUCCAAAAUUAAUAAAACAGCAGAUGAUCCUGUUUUAUUUUUGUCAAGUUCUAUUAGGAGUUAAUUAUAUCCAUCAACUAGAUAUUAUUCACAGAGAUUUGAAAGCAGAAAAUAUUUUAUUAACUGGAAAAAAUGGACUUAUUGUUAAGAUAGGCGACUUCGGUAUAUCAAAGAUGUUAGCUAGUGCAAAAAAGACGUCAACCGUUAUUGGUACACCUUACUACUUGGCUCCUGAACUGUGUGAAGGAAAGCCUUACGAUACCAAAAGUGACAUAUGGGCUUUAGGUUGUCUAUUAUAUGAAAUGUGCACUCAUAAAAGAGCUUUUGAAUCUGAGACUUUAGUUGGAUUAAUUAAGGCGAUCACAAGUGGAAGUGUGCAUCCCAUAGACUUGACGAUUUAUGACAGAGGUCUCCAAGAUCUUAUAGAUUCCAUGCUGUCCAUCUUACCUGAUAAAAGGCCGACGAUUAAAGAGCUGAUUGGACGAAGAAUUUUAUUACCAAUGACAUAUUCAGUAUUUUUAGACUCUGGCAAUGAUGAACUAUUAAAUAUUAUGUUUGAGAAAUUCUAAUACAUUCACUUAUAUCUACAUCAAUGAUUAAUAUAAUGAUAAAAAAUAA